UAGUUUGAAGAUGGUGCGGGAGCUUUCAAAUAAAUUCGCAUUUUUGGCGUAGCAUUCUGCCUUGCCGCCAAUGGGGACCUGAUGAUCGUAUAACACUAACCAGCAAGAACUGUAGUCUGUAUAACCGCAAGACUAUUUUGUUCCCUCCUAUAUGGAUAUGAACUCUCUCCCGUUUCUUUCUUUAUCCAUGCGCCAAACAUCUAAACAGACGCCAUGACCUUUACUGAAAGCAAUGUCCUCCUCCUUCCUCACUCCAAAAGCGCUUGGCUCGUUAAUCGAAUCAUCCGUCUUAAUUCGGUCUCUUCGUCACGGUCGAGCAACUCAUGCUCUGAUAAUCAAAACCUUAACUAUCUCGUUACCUUCUUUCUUAUCCAAUCACCUUGUCAACAUGUAUUCCAAGCUUGAUCAUCAAAACUCAGCUCAGCUUGUCCUGUCACUAACUGCAGACCGUUCUGUUGUUACUUGGACUGCUCUAAUUGCUGGUUCUGUUCAAAAUGGACACUUCAUUCCAGCUUUAGAAUGUUUCAUUAAUAUGCGCCGCGAAUCAAUACAACCUAAUGACUUCACUUUCCCUUGUGCUUUUAAAGCUUCGUCCGGUAUUCGAGCUUCGUCAGUUGGGAAACAACUUCAUGGGCUCGCUGUGAAGGUUGGGUUGAUGUCUGAUGUGUUUGUAGGGUGUAGUGCUUUCGACAUGUACUGUAAAACUGAAAUUAGAAAAGACGCUAACACAUUGUUCGAUGAAAUGCCCAUACGGAAUCUUGCUACUUGGAAUGCUUAUAUUUCAAAUUCAGUGCUUGGUGGUUAUACUCACGAUGCAAUUAGUAAAUUUGUUGAAUUUCGCCGUGUGGGCGGGAGUCCAGAUUCGAUUACUUUUUGUGCGUUUCUUAAUGCUUGUGCUGAUAGUUCUGAUAUCUUGCUUGGGCGUCAGUUACAUGGGUUUUUGAUCCGAAGUGGGUCGAAUAAUGAUGUUUCAGUUGGUAAUGGUCUUAUUGAUUUUUACGGGAAGUGUCGGCAGGUUGAGUUUUCUGAAAUUGUUUUUAGUGGAAUCUAUAAACCAAACAAUGUUUCAUACGGUUCAUUAAUUUCUGCCUAUGUACAAAAUUAUGAGGAAGAAAAGGCCUGUGAGACAUUUUUGAAAGCUCGAAAAGAAGGUUUUGAGCCAACGGAUUUUAUGGUUUCAAGUGUUUUAAGUGCUUGUGCUAGUCUUGCUGGACUUGAACUAGGGAGAUCUAUGCAUGGUCUAGCUGUGAAGUCUUGUGUGGAAGGGAAUGUGUAUGUUGGAAGUGCUCUGGUAGAUAUGUAUGGAAAAUGUGGAAGUGUAGAGGAUUCUGAACGAGCUUUCUUUGAUAUGCCAGAGAGGAAUUUGAUAACUUGGAAUGCAAUGAUUGGCGGGUAUUCUCACCAAGGUAAUGCUGAAAUGGCUCUAGCAGUGUUUGAGGAGAUGACUAAAGGUGGAAAUGGUGUAUCGCCGAAUUAUGUGACAUUUGUGUGCGUACUGUCAGCAUGUAGUCGGGCUGGAUACGUGAAGGAGGGGAAAAAGAUCUUUGAUAUGAUGCGGGAAAGGUAUCAAAUUGAGCCAGGGGUCGAACAUUAUGCCUGUGUGGUGGAUUUGCUAGGGAAAGCCGGAAUGGUGGAGGACGCAUAUGAAUUCAUAAAAUCAAUGCCGAUUCGUCCAAAUGUCUCAGUUUGGGGAGCUCUGUUGGGGGCAUGUAGAGUUCACCGACAGCCAUCUUUGGGGAAAUUAGUAGCUGAGAACUUGUUUCAACUCGAUCCCUUAGACUCGGGCAACCAUGUCGUGCUCUCAAAUACAUUUGCAGCGGCUGGCAGGUGGGACGAAGCUACAUAUGUGAGGAAGGAAAUGAAGAAUGUAGGAAUUAAGAAAGGCCCUGGUUGCAGUUGGAUUCAAGUGAAAAAAUCUGUACAUGUUUUCCAAGCAAAAGAUACCUCCCAUGAAAGAAACUCCGAAAUCCAGAUAGUGUUAUCCAAACUAAGACGCGACAUGAAAUCAGCUGGAUUCAUCCCAGACACCAAUUUCGCUCUUUAUGAUUUGGAAGAGGAAGAAAAAGAAUGUGAAGUUUGGUACCAUAGCGAAAAACUCGCAUUAGCGUUCGGGCUCAUUUCUACAUCUCCUGGAAUACCUAUAAGAAUCAAUAAGAACCUUAGAGUCUGUGGAGAUUGUCAUAGUGCAAUUAAGUUUAUAUCAGGUAUAGUUGGUAGAGAAAUUAUUGUUAGAGAUAAUAGCCGGUUUCAUCGGUUUAAAGAUAACCUAUGCUCUUGUAACGAUUAUUGGUAAUCAUUCUUUUUCAGAUAUCUAAACUUUUCCCUCCAGAUUAACAGAAGCAUUUUUCAUGCUGUGGCUGUUAUAUAAUUUUCUAACCGAUAAUUGACCAACAGUUUACUGUAUGAAUCAUGC